AUGCAGCCGGGCUUGCUAGAAGAGCGAAGGUCAUGGGUACGGAAAGAUCGAGAGGUCAAGCUUGAUAUCUUUCUCUCGCUGGCAGAGGAAGUGAUGCUGGAGCUGUUUGAAGUCGGACCACCAUUACCACCCUCCAACUUUAGCUCGCAGGAGAUACUUGAGGCAUUGGAUGAACGAUUCAACGUGUUCAGCUUCUCUGGCUACCACCACGCAUUCUGCCAUUUCCUGAACCUGCACGUUGAUCAAUACGCAAGCAUCGAGGAUUUUAAUAACGAGUUCACGACGGUGCUGGAAGAUCUGAUCGACUACGGCCAUCCACUUUCCAAUACCCAAGCAUGCUCCGCCUAUUUUUCGAAGCUCCGAUGUACCCAGAAUCCAUGGGUCGCAAAGAAGUUGGAAGACUGGGAUAUGCUGCCAGCAAUGCCUGAUAUUUACAACCUCAUGCAAGAAUCGCCGCCAUGGGCAUGCAUACGACCACUGCGCAGUCAGAAGGUCGCUGUGCAUGCUUCAGACAAGAAUAUCGAACCCGAUCCCCAGGACUUGCGCGAGGCAAUCGAGAAGCUUCUCACCUCUGCCGAGGCUAAGCAUUCUAGCUUGAAGACCGAUGCUCCAGUAGCUUCAGUAUGCGCUACGCCAGACUGGUUGAACGUACCGCAAAAAGUUGCCCCGAAGAUACUGUCAACACCAGAACUACCACCUCCUGUCAUAUCACUGCCUCUUCGCAAGACUCCCACUCAGUCGCGUGCACGCUCCGCAUCACCACGUCUUCCAUCCGAAUCGUCUAGAACCUUGUCGCAAGCAAGUUUGACAGACAAUAGCGAAGACACUCAGGGGCACUACAUCCCAAUCCUCACGUCUUCUAUAUUCCUCCAAGGCCGGAACCCAGACAUUGCCAAUGAGCAAAGCAAAACGUCUCUGCAAUCCUCGUCUGCGGACAUUACUGCUUUGCCGUCUUUUACCUCAAAUAUCGACGACUUGAUCCCGCCGCUACCAAAGAAGAAGAUGUUACGUAAAGCAUCGUCUAGUAUGGACAUACUAAAACGGCUCAGCGGGGAUAGUCUGCUCGAGUCUAGCGACGAAGUAAGGGAACGCGAGGAGAAGAAGGUUAGAGAGAAGGAAAGAAAAAGAAAGGGGUGGACUAUUGGGGUGAAUAUUGCGAGAUUCACGUAUAGCAAGGGCAUUCAGUAG